UCUCCCAUUGCAUAAGAGUUACUUUAAUGUUCAUUUAAUUAAUCCACCUUAAGCUCUCGUUUUAAAACGCAUAUUCAAUUGUUUCAGCUUUGGUUUUAUUUUCAAUUCAAUGGCACUGUAGAGAGAUUUAUUACCGGUAUUAAUUUAAAAAAAAAACAAAAAUGGUCGAAACUUGGAUUGCCUAUUGAACAAAGACUCGUCCAAUUAUAGCACCAAUUGUUAGGCAAUAAAUAUGACAUCUGAAAAAGUGGUUAGUAAUGAAAAAGUGCUCUCAACGCUUAGCACAAAGCACAACCAAUUGUCAUAGCUAGUUUAAUUUAUGGCACAGAUAAUGAUGCUAAAACCUAUUUGAAUAAAUAUUAUCCCAUUCAUCGAGAAAUGAUCUUAGUCGUAUGGCUUCAAUUCAAAAUUUGUUCAAAAAACAAAAUGCACUCUCCAUCCUCCUCCAAAGCUAGUUAGUUGUACUACAAAGCUAACCCUGCGGGGUUUGGACUUGAAAGGAGAAAAUUUAUUUCCCCUUUUCAAUUACAACGAUUGCAUUGCGCCCGCUGUACGUUCCAAAAAGUUCUAUUCAAGUGGAAAACUGUCCGCAAGUUAAAAACCACUCCUUACCAAAAACCGCAAGCAGAACUUUAUUUACAUUUCCUUCAAAAACGUAUUUUUGCGUCAUGGCAAAGGAACGUCUUUGAGGGUAGUUUCUCGCUAGUGGGAUGAUCCCACACCCGUCGAUCCAACCCUGCUCCAUUAGUGGUCGAUUUUUAGCAUUUCUUUCUACAGCCCGUUCAUCAGACAACCAUUGAGCGCAACCAUGAGUUCGGUGGUGGAUCAACAACCGAAAUCAAAUGCAUCCACAUUACGGAAUGUUGAGUGCGGUCGGUAUAGCCGAAGGAGACAACGGGGAGGGUGGUAAAAUAUUUCUUGCCUCAUUGAUAACCGAAAAACUUUCUCCUUUAGCACCGUCCGAUUUUCUUGUGCUAGCAAUCGAUGAAUUGGAACAGAGGAAUAAAAAAAACCACUCCGAGCUAAAGGGCACGGAAAAACGAAUUUCUGUAGCACUGGCCAAUGUUGGGUAAUCAGCACAAACCAUCACAACGGGCAACAGAGCAAUAUACUUCGUUGGAGCGGUGAGGAAAGUUGAAAAACUUUCACACAAAAUUGCACAAUACACUUCCAUUAUUCCCGCUGCCGAGUGGCGCAAAACUUUGGCCCCUUUUGUUCGUUUCGUUCGUUCGAUUUGUAAAACUGCUGCACGAGUCAAUCGGAACCAACAGUUCGGUACGUGCCGUCACCACAACUACAUCCCAUCUUCAUCAUGUCGAAGUGGAUUAAUAAGCGAAAGGUGUCCAUCAUUAACCUUCAGGUACCGCCCAAAUCGAUCGCAACAUUACCGACGGGAGGUGAGAUCGAAUUCGAGCAACUGUUCCAUUUCGCGUUCAAGUGCUUUCGACUGUUUGCCCUAACGCCCGGUCAGAUGGUGAAGCAAAGGGAUCGGUACGUUGUGCGCAAUACACGCUGGAUGAUGUUGAUCGUGCUGCUGCUCGUGAUCGGGGCUUGGUUUGCGCUGGUCGAAACAUUCUUCAUCAAAAGCCAGACGGCAUUGAUUACCGGAAUUGCUAACCACAUCCAGUUUAUCAUGAAUACCGUCGCCUUAACGGCCGCUUGGAUCGUUCCGCAGUUUAAACCGAACGAACUGAGCUCGAUUCUGGACGGAUUUCUAAUAAUCGAUCGUGAGCUGAGCAAUUACAACGUGCACGAUGCGGAUGGAAGCAAACGUGUGCCGUUUCUGUUGCGUUUCGGCGUGGUUCUAACGACUCUGUUUUCAUUCGCGCUCUAUGACGGGUAUGUAUCGUUCGUAAAGCUUUCCACGAUUGAAGUGUGGUACUGGCUGUCCCAUCAAGUACCGUUCAUAAUCUACGCACUGGCAUUUCUGUAUGCGUACGUUCUCAUCUCCUGGCUGCAUGCAAGGUUUCGCCGUCUAAAUACGCUCGUGGAACAAUACUAUCGUCAGGGGCAUAUCUUUACGCCCAAACGUCAAACUAUUAUUAGCUUUGCGACCAUGAUUAAGCUAGACGAGGAAACGCCCGAAAACGAAGAUAUCCAUCCUGCGGAACGUUGCGAAAUGACCGACGACUUGCAGAUACUCGCGAUCGUAUCGCGUACAAUCGAUCUUGGGCAGAAACUUGAAUCCUACUUUGGACCACUAUUUCUCACCGUUUACACAGCGCUCUUUUCGGUGACAACGAUUCAAACGUACUACUGCUAUCUACAUCUGACCAAAGUCGAUCAAGGUAUGACGGUUGAAUCGUUCAUCCUUUCCGGUGGCAUCAUCCUGUUCAAUGUAAUCGCAAUCGUUGCCCUGCCGUACAUCUGCGAGCAGGUGGAAAGUGAGUCAAAGCUGCUGAUGUCCUACCUUUCCAAACUAUCGAUGAAGCACGGUCAGGUUGCGCAACAUUCCUCCAUCUGGUUCCCGAAUCUAAUCUCAAGCGUUCGCUUUUCGGCAUUCGGUUUCUUUACUAUUAACUACAACAUGCUAUCGGGGCUCGUAGCCGGUAUGGUGACGUAUCUGAUCAUUUUCAUCCAAUUCAAUUCCAUGGUACCGAGCAAUUUGAACGACAUACACCAGACCCGCAUGCAUCAAAUAUCCGAGGAUUGAAGAAAUGUCUACGUCCAAUAUUAUUGGAACACACAACCACCCAGUGCCUGCGUUUGUUCAACACUUUAGAAAAUUUUAGAACAAUUGACUCACUUUUCCAUCACCACACCACACUAGCAAUAAAUCAAUAGCGUUCUUUUGAUAUUUUCACACCGAGUAGCCGGUAGUAUACCGGUUCCUAUCUUCAUUUGAACAACUUCUUUUAUCUUGCGCUUUUAUCGGAAAUAUCGAAAGAACCUUACAAUGGUUGCAUCCUUUGUGCUCUGAUCGGUACGCAACCACACACCAGCCAGUUGGUACUGGAACCGAUGGGAUUUAUCCCAACUCUUUGUUUCAGUGUCCUUUGAUAGAACGAACUUGUUCGGAAAAUACUGCUCCUUCAGAAAAUUUUUCCCCAAAGCCUUAGUUGUUGUCUAGAGCGCGAAAGACUACUCACCAUUUGCUGCUCCCCCAAAGUCUAGGACACAAAGGACGGACAAUGCCGGGCUAUCUUACGCCACCACACAACGAAUUCUUUACCUGUGCUCGAAUUAGAAAGAAUACCCAAGAAUGCUUUAAAAACUGCUCGAAGCACACUUGCGGAACACCUGCAAGCGUCACUCCGGUAGAUGACACUUCCUGCGUCUUGUGUUUUGUCCGUUAUUUUGCACCGCGAACCUAUCUCAAAAACCUUACUUCAGCACGUGGA